AUGCCUCUAUCCACCAACGAAAAGACCAACGAGACGGCGGCCACCUUGGUCAAGACUCUCCAAGGAGCAUUUCAUACUCCUCCAGGCUACAGACCAGCCCAUGCCCGAGGCAUCCUCCUUACCGGCACAUUUACUCCCACGCCCGAAGCCGGCAGCCUCAGCAAAGCAGUACAUUUCACCCAGCCAUCGACGCCGGUUCUGGUGCGCUUCUCCAACUCGACCGGCCUUCCUCAGAUCCCGGACAAUGCCAACGACGCCAAUCCUCGCGGCAUGGCCGUGCGAUUCACGCUGCCCGAGGUCAACGGGCGCCGACAACACACCGACAUCAUCACGCACUCGACUCCUUUCUUCCCCGUGCGCACGGGUGAAGGCUUCCUCGAGCUCCUCGGCGCCAUCGGAGCGUCAUCUGCCCCCGACGCGCCCAAGUCGCCGUCGCCCAUCGAGGCGUUUCUAGCCAAGACGCCGUCGGCAAAGGCGUUCGUCGAGGCGCCCAAGCCCACGCCCGCCAGCUUCGCGACGGAAAACUACUUCGGCGUCAACGCGUUCAAGCUGGUCUCGGCCGACGGCAAGGCCACAUUCGUACGGUACCGCAUCACGGCCGACGCCGGCGCGGCACACCUGUCCGACGACGAGGCGAAGGCCAAGGACCCGGCGUUCCUGCACAACGAGAUCCAGACGCGCAUCAUCGACGGCGGCGCCAGCUUCACCUUGUCCGCCCAGGUUGCGAACGAAGGCGACACCACGGACGACGCGACGGUGCGGUGGCCCGAGGAGGGCCACGAGCUCGUCAAACUCGGCUCGAUCAAGCUCGAGGCCAUCGCCGACGACAAUGACGAGAAACAGCGAACCAUCAUCUACGACCCCGUGCCGAGGGUCGAGGGCGUCGAGGCCAGCGACGACCCUUUGAUCGACAUGAGAGCUAGCAUUUAUUUGGUUUCGGGACGGGAGAGGAGAGCUGCUGGGCCCCAUCACUAA